AGUUCUGAUGCUACACUGGACGCGUUCAUGCAAAUCAUGUUCAGGAGUCGGGAUGGCCGAACUCCACCCCGUUCCGGACGAGGACCCCUGAAAACCUCGUUCUCCCAGUUGUGUCCCGAGGCAAAACGAGGCUUUAUCACGGAGAUUGCUGUUAAUCCACACAAGGGUGUUCUCGCUCCACCACACCACUCCUAAGUCCGGAUGCCGGCGCACCGGGUUUCAGAGCGCCGCCCAACGCCGACGCAAACAUGGUCAUCAUAUGGAUCAUAAGCGUGACGGUUUGACACUUUUUCGUCACUCGUGCUCACCGGCUCCUUAUAACAACAUAACCAGGCACGGCGCGGAGGUUCGCUUUGGUCACUCUCGUGCUCCCUAGGUAUUCAGUAACUUCGGUUCAUGCUUCACACCUACAAUGGCUCCCCCUGUAACCAGACAGACACUCCCGAUGGAGUACACGGCUGAAGACGUGACUGCGCACAAGGGCAAAUCCGACAAUUGGAUGAUUAUCCAUGGCGAAGUCUUUGACGUCUCACGAUACAUUGAAGACCACCCCGGUGGUGCCGAUCUGCUCGUGGAAGCGGCCGGCACUGACGCCACAGAGGACUUCGACAAUGCAGGUCACUCCGAGGAUGCGCUGGAGAUUAUGCGGGAGUUGUGUGUCGGCGUGCUGAAGGGGUACAAGAAGCCGGCACCCAAACGUGUUGUCCAGGUUCCACGAGUCAUUGAACCGGCCGCCAAACCCCAGCCUUCUUCCACCUCUCAAGCGGCGAAGGUCUUGACCGUUGCGACUUGCGUCGUAGCCACCCUGUGCUCUGCUGCCCACUACUCUCAGCAUCGCAGCACCAUCAAGUUCCCCAAGAUCCUCCCAUCAACGACGACACAAAACUUUCCUCACCUUGGCACCACAGGAAGUGGCGGCUUUUCAGUCGGCUUCCUCGCCGCAUCAGCACUGACUGCCAUCCUCGCGGCAGCAGCAGCCAACAAGAUCUCCAAACUCACCCAAAUUCCCUCCGGCUUCAUCCGCUUUCCGCCGCACAAGCCCUCGACCAAACCCCGACGGACACGGCCCACAACCACCCUCUCCAAAACCGAAACCAAAACCACCCCCACCACCUUCCUCAACCCGCAAACCUACCAAACCCUCCCCCUCACCCACAAAGAAACCCUCGCCCCCGGCGUGCUCCGCCUGGUCUUCGCCCUCCCCACGCCCACCACAACCCUCGGCCUCCCAACCGGCCAACACGUCUCCAUCCGCGCCACCAUCGACAACAAGCCCGUCACGCGCUCCUACACGCCCAUCUCCAACGACACCGACCAGGGCAUCCUCGAGCUCGUGGUCCGCUGCUACCCCGACGGGCAGCUGACGUCGCGCUACCUGGCCCACCUGCGCGCGGGGGUGGACAGCGUGGCGUUCCGCGGCCCCAAGGGCGCGAUGCGCUACCGGCGCGGGUGGGCGGCAAGGAUCGGCAUGGUGGCGGGCGGGACGGGGAUCACGCCCAUGUACCAGGUGGUGCGGGCGAUUUGUGAGGAUGAGGGGGAUGAGACGAAGGUGAGUUUGGUGUAUGCGAAUAAGGGGGAGGGGGAUAUUUUGUUGAGAAGGGAGUUGGAAGAGUUGGCGGGGAGGUUUCCGGAGAAGUUGCGGGUGUGGUAUAUGUUGGAUGUGGCGCCUGAGGGGUGGGGGUAUGGGGUGGGGCAUAUUACGAGGGAGGUGGUGCGGGAGAGGAUGCCGCUGCCGGGGGUGGGGAGUAAGGUGAUGGUGUGUGGGCCGCCGGGGAUGGUGAAUGCGGCGAAGGGGAUGCUGGGGGAGGUGGGUUUCAGAGUGCCGGGGGCGGUGGCGAGGAUGGACGACGAUAUCUUUGUGUUUUAG